AUGGAUAUAAAUGAAAAAGAUGAUGCUGGAAAUACAGCUUUGCACUUGGCCGCGAUGCAUUCACAACCCGCCACUUUGAUACGUCUUGUGCUGGAUGAAAGAAUUGACCCCUUCCUUCUCAACCACCAACCCUCGACUACUCUUGACAUUGCCAUAGAUCGCGUCAUAAGGGAGUAUAUGUUACGGAAGAAAAUCCCCGCCGGCAAGGGCCGUCUACCAGAUUUGGGCAAGCUCGGGACGCCCCUUGAGCUCGACGCCAUCUGGGCCACGCUCUGCUUGUCUGUGGGGAUCAACAGCCCACGACGGGCUUUGACUGAGCAAUUGACAGUCAUGGCAUUGGCAUCCACAUGUGAGAAAAGUCUAGCUGGAACUGAAGCGUUCUCAAUAAUCGACGUGGACAAAAGGAAGCCAAACAUGGACCAAAUGAAGAAUCUGAUCGGUAACCGCUCGGUGGUGGCAACGCUUGUGGCCAGUGUGACUUUUGCAGUUCCUGGAGGAUUUAACAGCUUGGACACAGCCUCCAAAGGUGACCGCGGCAUGGCUACAAUGCUAGACGAUAGAAUGCUCCGGGCCUUCGCCAUUAGCAACACCAUCGCCAUGUUCUGCUUGAUGACCGCGGUCAUCACUCUCCUCUGGGCGCAGCAAAAGACGUCCGCACUAAUGAUUGCAUACCGACGCUCAAUGCCGCCACUAAAAAUAGCACUCCCGGCGAUGUGUGCUGCUUUCUUAACUGGUGUCACCUUAACCGUUGGCAAACUCUCUCGGCUCGCUAAUACCAUAUUGUAUUUGGGACUCGUUUUCCUCCUUAUCGUCUCAGUUGCUAAAUUGUUAGAGGACCCUCCCUUGAUUUGGAGCCACCGUCGCCCGAUUCGCAUUAUGGUAUCCUGGCUUGUUCUCGCUCACAUUUAUUUGUGGGGAGUUGUGACGGACCUUUUGGAUGACUCGGAAGAAGACAGAACUGCGGGCUGGACCUCCGCUAGUGAGCUGUCGGAUGAUGUUUGUAAAAAGAACGACUGA